CCCGCCUUCCCGGUUCCCGGCAGCCUCGAGGGCCAGCCCCGCUCUCGCUGGCUGUUGGUUCCGGACGAGCCUGAAGUUGAGGUGGCUGACGGGGAGGUGCAGUCCAAGUCCGCUGGGAGCUCUUAAAGGCGCCGCUCCCGCCGCAAUGCAGUUGACCGUGAAGGCGCUUCAGGGCCGGGAAUGCAGCCUCCAGGUGCCCGAGGACGAGAGAAUCUCCACCCUGAAGCACCUGGUGUACGAGAAGUUGAACGUCCCGGUGGUCCAGCAGCGGCUGUUGUUCAAGGGCAAGGCCUUGGCAGAUGAGCUCCGCCUUUCAGACUAUAGCAUUGGGCCAAACUCCAAGAUCAACCUAGUGAUCAAGCUUCCUGACGAGGGGACGACCCGACAUCCGCCCUCAAAGCCUCAGGUCCAGUCUCAGCCACUCCCCACCUGGUUGCUGGUCUCUCAGAUCUUGGCUCGACACUUUAGCACAGCUGAUACCAGGAAAGUCCUAGACCAGCUACAGAAGGACUAUGAUCGGAGUCUUCGCCUUCUGAGCUUGGAUGAUAUUGAACGUCUGGCAACCCGUAUGCUCAACUGUACUGUGACUGAGCCUGUGGAAAUUGGCUUCCUGGACUAACUCCCCCCAUUCCCCCUGCCUGGAAAAAAGCAAAACCAAACCGAACUCUACUAGGGAUGGAUGGAGUAGUGGAGGUUGGCUUUCUGGCUGAAAGCCGGCUCUGCCCUUGCCGUCUCCAUCCACCCUCUAGUAGGCGUGGAAGGAAGGAAGAACGAGGGGAGUAGUAUUAGAAAAGGGGGUUGGCUUUUGUAGUGCAGAGUGGGACGGUGGUCAGGGACUGCCUAUUAGGACACCUGCCCCGCCCCAGUUUUCCCCAGGGAUGACAACUGACUUUAUGAUGUCACCGUCAGACUCUGCAUUUCAAUUAUCCUUGGCCCUUGCUCCCAAUGCUGCUUCCCAUUGAACACAGAAUCACGGGCUUUUUUCUGAGUAUAACCCUUUUCCCAUCGUGAAUAAAACCUAACUGCCAAAGGGCAGCCUUACAGAGAAUCAGAAAGCCUUGGGAGAAGGGAAGCCUUCCUUCCUCAAGCAUGAGAAUUACUAGAGCUGCUGCCUUCCGUGGCAAUGGCCUUGCUUCUUAAAACUCCCCGGCCUCGAGGCUUGGGGCAUUUUGUGUUCCUAUUUAGCCAUCCCCUCUCCUUGGCUGAAGGUGAGGCCCUUCCUAGAUAGCUCUUCCGACUCCCACUCCUGACCCACGCUCAGGGUCAGUGCUUGGGUGAUGGGGCUGUGGUGAAGCUCAGGGUUACUCAUCGCCAUCAUGAGGCCUCACUCUGUGGGUGGUCCUCAGGGGCUUCCUGUCUCAAAGAAAAUCUAGCCUAGACCUAUUAGGCAGCCAUGAAGAGCACUUGGCUCCAAGUGAGGGGAGGUGGGGGUGAAGGAGCCCCCAGGGCCUCUCCUACUAGGAAGAGAGAGCCUAGCUUUUCAAACUUUUGCUUCCACUUAAUUAAACAUUAUGCACCUCUACUCCAAGCUUUGGAUUUCUUGUUCUCUUGCAUUAAGGACCAGCGAUUUCUUGGAUUUCUUCCUCAUCCCCACCUUCCCUCGACUGUCCCUCCAUAAGAUCAAUGAGUUGUCACCUAAAAUAUUACUGUGCCCGAUUCACCGGGCCUCUCCUAGCUGACUGAAGCUAAUCUCGGGAAGAGACAAAACCCAGGAGCUUCCAGGAACUUGCAGUAGUCUCCACUAACCCCCAUUCACCCCUGUUAAUGCAAAGCUCAUUUCCUGAGUCAGCCAUGUGCUAGGCCCUGAGGAGAAUCAGCUAGCCUUUAGCAGCUGAAGGUUUGCAAAGUUACUUUAUCAAGAUCUCAGUGGAUCCUCACAACCACCUUGGGGGAUAGGUGCUAUUAUGAUCCCCAUUUUACAGAUAAGGAAAUUGAGGCAGACUUGUCCACAGACAAGUCAGUGACUUGUGCAGGAUCACAGCCAGGUAGCAUAUGAGACUCCAAUCUAGAUACACAAAAUCAGAAACCAUCACGGCCCUGAUAGAGGUGAUAGGAAGAGGCACCCGAGAAAGAUUUGGAUGGAGGUUUUGACCAAAAAUCAGAGGUCCUGCACCCAGAGUCUUCAUUUUGAUUUGGGGGAAGGAGAAAGUGGUACUCGGAUCAGCACAGUGUUGGUGGAAUGGGGAAAAAGAAAGGGAAAGAUCUGAAACUGGGUAGAGGAAGAGGGCCGCCUUUACUGGGCCUGAGGCUUGGGGCAGGAGGAUAAGGGGUGGGGAAUGGUCCCCGUUUGGCUUGGCCUAUCCUUGGAGCCUUGAAGAGGGCAGGGCUUGAGCCUGUUCCCAGUCUUCAAGCCAGCCUUUCCUAGUGUAGCUCACCCUCCUCGUUAGGCUUUGGCUCCCCAAGGUGUCUGGUAUCCUGUAGCUAGCCCCGCCUGAAGGACAUGGGGUCAGUCCAGGGCCUGGGUGUCAAAGGCUUAUGGGCUGUGUGGAGCUCCCCAGUGAGAAGGCCCACUGCUCAGCUUGCCCUACUGGAUCCCUGACAUCCCAGGUCAGACGGUCAAUGAGAGCCGGACUUGGGUGACUGGGGGGAAGGGGACACCGGCCACAACCUUGAGAGAUCAUCUCCUGUGCCUGUCUAGCCAGCCUCUUGAUUGUGGCCCCAAUCCUGUGCCCGGUGGAGAUGGAACGAAGCCCGCCAUCCUUCCACAUCGCUUCCCUCAGCCAGCUUCUGAGCUCCUCCUCCUGUGUUGUCCAUUUCUGUCCCUUGACCUCCUGCUUCCCUCUCCCCAAGACUGAACUGGGAGAUGGAGUAGCAAAAGUCAAGAUCUGUGCGUACCAUCUGGCCUAGCACUGGAUCUAUACCCCCGAUAAAUCGAGGAAAUAAAAAGGACCCCCACGUAAAGCAGCAGCUCUUUUCGUGGUGGCAAAGAACUGGAAACUGCCCGUUCCCUGGGAGAUGGCUGAACAAGUCAGAGAAUCCUAUUAUGCCAUAAGAAGUGAUGAAGGGGAUGCAGAACCAGGAAAACACCACACCAUAACGGCAAUAUUGUCAGCAUGAGCCACUGUGAAAGACUUCGCUGCUCUGAUCAAUACAAUGAUCCACCACGAUUAUAAAGAACCGCAUGAUGAAAUACUUUGUCCACCUCCACAUGGAACCGAUGGACUCGCAAGGCAUUAUCAAAACACCUUUUCUUUCUUUUUUCUUUCUUGCUUUCUUUCUUUGAUUAAGGGAAGAUUUUGUUUGGCACGACUAAACACCUUUGUAAUGGUUUU